AUAUUUGUUACACUUGUUAAUUUCUCCAAAUAGAAUACUGUUGUAAUGAAUAUUGCAAACUCAAUUAUUUAGUUUUGACUUCAUUUUCUUCGGUGUUUCUCGUUGUAAUCGUUGCUUGAAUUAUCUGUCGGAUCUUCUCUCACACAAAUUUCUCUAGCAAGAAUCUUCUCACAAAUUCUUCAUUUCCUCAAUUCUCAAUAACUUUUGAUACUAAUUAUCAUCUUUCUUGUGGUUUCGUAGCUGAUCUGUUUAUGCAUAGUUUUUGACCUGCCUAAGAAGAAAAAAUGGCUGAGAUUGGUAGAUUGUUGUAUGAAACCCAAUUGAAAUCUCAACGUGAUGGUGUAUUGAGUGCAAUAAUCCCAUUGUUGAAGUUAUUAAGCUUGACUAUGAUAGGGUUAUUGCUUUCCCGUUUUCAAAUGAUCCCAAGAGCUACAUUUAAGCUACUUAGCAAGCUUGUAUUUGCUUUGUUCUUGCCUUGCUUGAUUUUUACUGAUUUGGGUCAAUCUAUGACCCUUCAAAAUUUCAUUCAAUGGUGGUUUAUUCCUGUUAAUGUUGUAGUUAGUACCCUAAUUGGGUGUAUGUUAGGGUAUUUGGUUGUACUUAUAUGCCGCCCGCCUCCUGAAUUUAACAGAUUCACCAUUAUAAUGACUGGGUUUGGAAAUACAGGAAACCUUCCUCUUGCAAUUGUGAGUUCAGUAUGUCAUAGUUCUGAUAAUCCUUUCGGGUCUGAUUGUCAUCGAAAAGGAGUUGCUUAUGUUUCAUUUGCACAAUGGGUUGCUGUAAUUCUUGUUUAUACUCUUGUUUAUCAUAUGAUGGAGCCUCCUUUGGAGUAUUAUGAGAUUGUUCAGGAAGGUAAUGAGAUUCAGGAAGAGCGUAGUUUAAACGAUGAUGUUAGUGCACCACUUCUAGUGGAAGCCGAGUGGCCUGGAGUCGAGGAUAAAGCAACCGAGCUUUGUAAAACCCCGUUCAUAGCUAGGGUUUUUAAUAGUUUGUCUAGUCUUUCUAGUUUGCCUGAUAUUGAGGCUAGAGAGGGACCAAUUACUCGAGACGAUACACCAAUGUCAGUUCGAUGUUUUGCUGCUCCUAGAGUCGUUAGAAAGAUUAGAGUUGUCGCUGAGCAGACCCCGAUUCAGCACAUACUCCAACCACCCACCAUUGCUUCAUUACUAGCUAUAAUUGUCGGUAUAGUACCUCAUCUUAAAGACUUUAUAUUUGGAAUCGAUGGCCCUGUGUCUUUCAUUACCGACAGUCUUGAAAUCUUAGCGGGUGCUACUAUCCCGGCUGUAAUGCUUAUUCUUGGCGGUAUGCUUUCCGAAGGACCAAGUGACUCUACACUUGGACUUCGAACGACAAUUGGUAUCAUAGUGGCACGACUCUUGGUUCUUCCUUUGUUUGGAAUUUGCAUACUCACAUUGGCUAAUAAUCUAAGCUUAAUCAUUUCUGGUGAUCCGAUGUUUCUGUUCGUGCUUUUCUUGCAAUAUAGCACUCCAAGUGCAAUCUUACUAGGAGCAAUUGCUAGCUUGAGGGGCUACGGUGUUAGAGAGGCUUCCGCACUUCUGUUUUGGCAGCAUAUUUUGGCCCUCGGAUCGCUUUCUCUGUACAUUGUGAUUUACUUUAAACUACUGUCAUACAUAUAGGAUUACAUUUUCGGGGCCUUUACAAGCCUCAAUGAUUGAACUCAGAAAUGCUAGCAUGUUUCAAUAUUCUCUGAUUCGGAACUGCAGGAGAAGAAUGUAAUUCUGUUGAUCAGAGCACAUGAAUGUUAAUCGCUGUAAAGAUUUCUUUA